CUCCUUCAGGACCAAAAACGCUUAUGCAGAGAAAACAUCUUUCAAGAUUGAAUAUAGAGUCGAACAACUGUAAUCCUUGCGCUCAGGAGGCAGAGGCAGGAGGAUCAUUGCAAGUUCUAGGACAACCCAAUAUCUGAGGUUAAACCCCAGUUUCUCCAUGGAUUUUCCUGGCCUAGGGGCCCUGGGAGCCUCAGAACCCCUGCCACAGUUUGUGGAUUCUGCCCUGGUAUCACCACCAGAUUCAGGAGGGUUCUUCUCCUCAGGGCCUGAGGGUUUGGAUGCAGCAGCUUCCUCCACUUCCCCAAGCGCAGGCACAGCUGCAGCCACUGCGCUGGCCUACUACAGGGACACGGAGGCCUACAGACAUUCCCCAGUUUUUCAGGUGUACCCGCUUCUCAACUGUAUGGAGGGAAUUCCAGGAGGCUCACCUUAUGCUAGCUGGGCCUACAGCAAGACGGGGCUGUACCCUGCUUCAACUGUGUGCCCCAGCCACGAGGAUGGCCCUCCUCAGGCCCUGGAAGACCCCGAAGGGAAAAGCAGCACCACCUUCUUGGAAACCUUGAAGACAGAGCGACUGAGUCCAGACCUCCUGACCCUGGGGACUGCACUGCCGGCAUCGCUGCCUGUCAACAGCAGUGCUUAUGCGGGACCUGACUUUCCCGGUCCUUUCUUUUCUCCCACGGGGAGCCCUCUCGGUUCUGCAGCCUAUUCUUCCCCCAAGUUUCACGGAAGCCUCCCCUUGGCCCCUUGUGAGGCCAGAGAGUGUGUGAACUGUGGAGCAACAGCCACUCCACUGUGGCGAAGGGACAGAACAGGCCACUACCUGUGCAACGCCUGCGGUCUGUAUCACAAGAUGAAUGGCCAGAACCGGCCUCUCAUCCGACCCAAGAAGCGAUUGAUUGUCAGCAAACGGGCAGGCACUCAGUGCACUAACUGCCAAACGACCACCACAACCCUCUGGCGCAGAAAUGCCAGUGGAGAUCCCGUGUGCAAUGCCUGUGGCCUCUACUACAAGCUACACCAGGUGAACCGACCAUUGACCAUGCGGAAGGAUGGAAUUCAGACUAGGAACCGCAAGGCCUCUGGAAAAGGGAAAAAGAAGCGGGGUUCAAGUCUGGGAGGAGCAGGAGCAGCUGAAGGGCCAGCUGGUGGCUUCAUGGUGGUAGCUGGUGGCAGUAGUGGUGGGAAUUGUGGGGAGGUGGCCUCAGGCUUGACACUGGGCACUACAGGUACUGCCCAUCUCUACCAGGGCCUGGGACCUGUGGUGCUAUCAGGACCUGUCAGUCAUCUUAUGCCUUUCUCUGGACCUCUGCUGGGAUCGCCCGCAGCCUCUUUCUCCACAGGUCCUGUGCCGCCUACCAGCAGUACCACUGUGGUGGCUCCCCUCAGUUCUUGAAGGUACACAAAAUGGCUUAAGCCUUGUGGCAGAGAAGGUGUCCCCUCUUUAUUUUUUUUAUUUUUAUUUUUAUUUGGAUUUUUCGAGACAGGGUUUCUCCGUAGCUUUUGGUUCCUGUCCUGGAACUAGCUCUCAUAGACCAGGCUGGCCUCGAACUCACAGAGAUCUGCCUGCCUCUGCCUCCCGAGUGCUGGGAUUAAAGGCGUGAGCAACCAACGCCCGGCUCUUUUUUUAUUUUUAUUUUUAUUUUUAUUUUUAUUUUUAUUUUUAUUUUUGAGACAGGAUCUCUGUAGCCCAGGCAGACUAUGACAAAUUCCUGAUUCUUCUGCCUCUACCUCCCAAGCACUGGGAUUAUAGGCAUGUACUGCCAUGUCUGACAUUUUUUUCCUGUUUUUUUUUUUGUUGUUGUUUUGUUUUGUAUUGAGACAGGGUCUCACUCUGUAGCCCAGGUGGCUUUGAAUUCCCUAUGUAGUCUGGGAUAGACUCAAACUUGACAUCCUUCUGCCUCAGUUCCUGCGAGCUGGGAUUCCAGGCAUCUGCCUCCAUGCCCAUUUCUUCCUCCUCUUAGAGCCCAACCCAACAGGCUGCAGACAUCACCUUGCCUGUACCUUCAAAGAUUUUGUAAAAUAAAACCACCAAAGACCUGAAACUGGA